AUGGAGUCGAGCACCGGGCCCAUCUUCGAUGAGGCCCAAUAUCGCACCGAUGUCCUCCGUCACCCCUCACCGGAAUCCGAAGCAGCGCAGGCGCAACACUUAAUCGAAGAAGCUCACCAACUGGGUCUGAAAGUGCCAGAGAUCAAAGCAACUGCCCCACUAGCUGCCUCGAUUGCUCUAGGAAUGGUCGAUCGCUCCUCGUUGGUCCUGUCUUCUGGAUCGUCGACCGAUCGGAAUUCUGUGUGCGGUUCCGUUACUCCGUCUCACGAGCCGUCCUCCCCCGUUCCGUCUGUGCUCGAUCAAAUUGUGGCGUCACUGUCGGACAUUACACUUGCCUCGGAUCGCAUUAAGCCUGGCAGCACGCGAUCAAUAGCUUCGAUGUCUACGCGCCCCACCUCAUUUUGCUCCAGCGAGGGGAAAACCGGCAUGGCGGGGCUUGGAUAUAAUGAUCCAUUUGAGGGCAAGUCGAAUCGGCAUUCAAUUCUCAGCGUCGCAUCGGCCGACAAGAAGGAAAAACGACGGAGUAGCUUGAAGUCUGCCAUUGGGAGAAUUCAUUUCCGCAAGAAGCGGACGUCGUCGGCUCUUGUCUCGCCUACGGAUCCGCGCAUGACUAUAUCUACUAGCGAUGAUGGCGUUGAACAUGUUUUCUUCGAUCCUAAAAUUGUAUCCCAUGAUUCCACACAUGAGGAUGUUCAACCUCACUCGAGCACCGAGGGAUCACUUCCCAGAUUGGAAAUUCCUUUGUUUAGCAAAGAGAUGCUACAAAGAAGUCUGGACGAUCCGGAGCUGAGUGAGAUGCACGAGCGGCAUCAAAUGGAAAAGAAUCGACAUCUCGCUUUCCAAGACGCCGCUCUAAGUACCCUCCGGCGCCGGCACCAGACCGCUUUCUCAGAGCAGCAGUUGGACAACCAGCGCCAGGAAGAUGAGAAGCGCGAGAAGAACAUCGAAGCUGUAAUCCAAAUUGAAGAGCGACAGCUGGCAGUCGAAAUUGAACAGCAGCGCGAGUUCGAUCGAGCCAAAAUGAACUCGCGCACUCGCAUCAAGCAUAUGGAAGGAUUCCUCCGCAAUGUCAGCCCACCACCAUCGCCUGCUGGAACAUCCUCCAGAACAUCUACCAGAGCCGAAGGAUCCUCUGAAUCAUUCUCGGAAUAUGAAUCAACUGCACCAGCCCGUGUAUUGACUCGCCAGCACAUGGAGCAGCUAGAACAACAGUACCACUGCCAUAAAAGCAUGGACCAGCUGCAUGACGCCCGCAUCAAAGUGCUCCGUGACCGCCAAGAACUCAAGCUGCAGGAAGCCACGGCGCGUAUGGAUAAAGAACUGGAUGAAAUGUGUAACCGUCACAUCCAGGAUAUUGCAACCUUACAAACUGAGCACCACCGAGAAGAAGCCUGUCUCAUGCAAGCCUUGGAUACGAAAAAGAUGACUUUGCGGCACCGCUGGUACUUGGAAGAGGCUGUCCUACGUCGCCAUCUUGAGGUUCGACAUGGCCAAUCAUAUGGUCCUUUGCCGCUUAUCGCUUUCACCAACCCCAGCACCCCCAUUGCUGUUCCCGAACACUCACCACUCGAAACUUCUACCCCGGACACAAUCCACCCCAGCCAGGAUUCUGUGCCUCUUUAA